AUGGAGAGCAAAUGGAGUGGCUGGGUGCUGAUCCUUUCCCUCUGCCUGGGCUCCUACCAAGCCAAGUGCGGGGCGCUGGAGCUCUGCCAGAUCACCGCCUGGGACCCGGCCCUGAGGAAGGGGAUCCCGUGUCACCUCUGCCAGGUGGUGGUCUCUGUGGUGGGCAAGAUCCUGCAGGAUAACCGCACCGAGGAAAAGCUGCGGCUCUUCUUGGAUAAGAAAUGCCAGUACCUGCCCUUCCAGGACUGGUCCGUCAAGUGCAAGAGGAUGGUGGACACUGGCAUCCUCAUCCUCGUCCAGCUGGGCAAGCAAGUGCUGUCAGACCCAAAGGUGGUGUGCGGGACCAUCAAGCUGUGCCAGCCCUGGGAGAGCCCCACGGGAGCCCUGAAGUUCCAGAAGCCGCCACCGGCCCCUGCGGGCCCCCCUCAGGAUUUCGCCGACCUGGUGGCCCCCUUCAUCGCCAACGUGCCCCUCCUGCUCCAUCCCCAGGACCUGCCUCAUGGCAAGGCCCAGGAGACGGAUGAGACGUGCGGGGGCUGCCUGCAGCUGGGGGCGGCCCAGCAGAUUGUCAUCACCUACUUUGAUAAUGAGCUGCUGAAGAACGAGACACUGGCGGAGCUGGGCGAUGUGCUGGAGAAGGGCUGCGAGAUGCUGCCCACCCCGCUCACCGACAAGAAAAUAAGAGCCUGCGAUUCAGCCAAGGAGGAUCUUCUGGGCUCGGACCCCUGCGCCUGGGGCCCACAGUACUGGUGCAAGAACAUGGUCACGGCCAUCGAGUGCCAAGAGCCCGGACCCCCUCCCUUGGGAUGUGCCUGCACCCAGGGAGGGUUUGUGGUGAAGCCGGCCGAGAGCCUCCGGGAGAACAACGUGACGGAGGAGCAACUGGUGAAUGACAUCGAGAAGGUGUGCUACAUGCUGCCCCAUGGCAUCAUCGGGCAGUGCAAGGACUUUGUCGACUCCUACGGCAAAGCCGUGGUCAUCAUGUUGCUGGAGGCCACCGACCCAGCGGCCAUCUGCACCAUGCUGCGCUGCUGCCCCGCUUUUUAA